CCCUAAAUCUCGCCCUCACUCGCCAGUGAAAAUGGCGGGUCUCCUCCUCCGCGGUAUGCGAUCUGCGAAUCGCGCCGCAUUCUCCACCCCUUUCCUUUCCCUCCCCCUCCCUUUCCGGCACCAUUACCCCUCUCAAUCUCCCCUCCGCAGCUUCUCCGCCGCCGCGGUCCAGUCCUCUGCCGCCGCCGGUGCGGAGAAGAGCGCGUUGGACCCCAACAGGCUCCGCAAUGUGGCGGUGAAGUGCGGUGCUGAUAUCCCCCACGAUCGAGUUAUGGAUUCCAUUGGCCUCGAGCGCGAGCGUGGCAUCACAAUCGCUUCCAAGGUUACUUCGAUUUCAUGGAGGGAUAGUGAGCUGAAUAUGGUUGAUACUCCAGGGCACGCUGAUUUUGGCGGUGAAGUUGAACGAGUUGUUGGAAUGGUUGAAGGGGCAAUAUUAGUUGUUGAUGCUGGAGAGGGUCCAUUAGCACAGACAAAGUUUGUUCUUGCCAAAGCUUUGAAGUAUGGGUUGCGCCCGAUUCUUCUCUUGAAUAAAGUCGAUCGGCCUUCAGUUUCUGAGGAGACAUGUAAUGAAGUUGAGAGUUUGGUUUUUGAUCUUUUUGCAAAUCUUGGCGCAACAGAGCAGCAACUGGACUUUCCGGUUCUUUAUGCAUCAGCAAAGGAAGGAUGGGCUUCCUUGACCUUCACCAAAAGUCCUGUUGAAGAUGCAAGGAAUAUGGCACCGUUGCUUGAUGCCAUUCUUAAGCAUGUUUCUCCACCCUCUGCAAACCUUCAGGCGCCCUUCCAAAUGCUGGUGUCUAUGAUGGAGAAAGAUUUUUAUCUUGGAAGAAUAUUGACUGGACGUGUUUCUUCAGGAAUUGUUAACGUUGGUGAUAGAAUACAUGGUCUUCGCUGCACAGAUAAUGGAGUUGAAAAAAUUGAAGAAGGAAGGAUAACAAAGCUUAUGAAAAAGAAGGGCACAAGCAUGAUCACAAUUGACACUGCAGGAGCUGGUGAUAUAAUCUCAAUGGCUGGAUUGAUGAGUCCAUCUAUUGGUCACACAGUGGCAAAUGUCAAUGUCAUGACCGCAUUGCCUACAGUUGACUUAGAUCCUCCAACAAUUUCCAUGACUUUUGGUGUCAAUGACUCUCCGUUGGCUGGUAAUGAUGGUAUUCAUUUGACUGCAGGGAAAAUUAGAGACCGCUUGAUGGCAGAAGCGGAAACCAAUCUUGCUAUAAAUGUUCUUCCUGGAGUAUUAUCAGACUCAUAUGAAGUUCAAGGGAGGGGCGAGCUUCAGUUGGGUAUCUUAAUCGAGAACAUGAGACGCGAAAAGUUUGAAUUGUCUGUUUCGCCCCCUAGAGUUAUGUAUAAAACAGAGAAUGGAGAAAAGCUUGAGCCUAUAGAAGAAGUGACCAUUGAGGUGAAUGAAGAGCAUGUGGGCCUCGUGAUGGAAGCACUUUCACAUAGGAAAGGGGAACUUGUUGACAUGGGUCAUGUUCCUGGGAGUACUGGCAGGACUAGGAUGUCACUGACCUGUCCCUCUAGGGGUUUAGUUGGCUACAGAAGUGUUUUUAGCAGCGUCACACGCGGAACUGGAUUUAUGCAUCGUGCUUUCUUAGCAUACUCAAAAUAUAAAGGAGCCCUUGGAAAUGUAAGGAAAGGGGUGUUGAUAUCAGUAAGCCGUGGUCUCAUUACUGCCCAUGCACUCAUGAAUUUGCAAUCUCGUGGAACUCUCUUUGUGGAACCUGGAAUGGAGACAUAUGAUGGUAUGAUAAUUGGCGAAAACUCACGCGACCAAGAUCUUGAUGUAAAUCCUGUUCGGAGUAAAGAGUUAACAAACAUCCGUGCUCCUGGUAAAGAUGAAAAUGUGCGCUUGACCCCACCUCGCUUGAUGACACUAGAAGAGGCAAUUGGAUAUGUUGCUUCUGACGAGCUCAUUGAGGUUACCCCAAAUGCUAUUAGGUUACGAAAGAGAUAUCUUGAUGUAACUAAACGGAAGAUGAUGAGAAAUAAGCCAAAGGAUUAGAGCUCAGACAGGAAUUUUGGUUAACUGCUUUUUGCUUCCUCAAAGAAAUAAGCCACUGGAUCAAUACAACGGUCGAUAUAUGAUGAUUUUGUGAAAUAUCAGUUGUAAGCAUGCAUCUAUAGGUAUAAUGCUAUUUUAUUUUGGCAUUAACUAUUUGAUCACGGAGAAAUUUCGUGAACAGUUGUACGCCUGCUAUCUAUAGCUAUAUUCUAUUUGCUUCCAUAUUAAUUAUUUGAUUACAAAGAAAAUUUUGUAUCAGUUUAGGUAUACGUAAAGAAUUUGUGUAUCAGUAAAAUUUUUGUGCUACUUUACCAGUGUAAUACAAAAGUGAAACAGACGAGAAAUAUUUUAUGAUUAUGUCUCAAUGCCCGAGCAAUAAAGUGUAAAGAUAAAACAGAGGUCAUUGUGCGUC